CCACCGCGCAUGCAUUUGCGUAGCGCGGCGUCUUGCGGGGCCAUAGGUGUGCGCGUCCCUGUGUUUAUGUGCGUAAAAAUGCACGUUACUUCGACUCGAACCAACGAUCGUCCAAUCCGGUGAUAAUCCCGGGAUGCAAAAACUGACACGAGUCGAGGAGUUUUUUCGCGUUGCACCCGGUGCCUGGCUAUGGUGAGCUGGACGUCGUGUUGUUCGUUUUCUGGCCGCGACACGCGAGCGCCGUUUUGAAGGUACCGCGCAGAAUAGCGCCGCGAGCCUCCCCGAUCGCGUUCGGGUUUGUCGCGAAAUAAGUGCAUCAAAAAGGAUAACGGUGGCUGUUUUGCAAUUCGGAUGAACGAUUAACGACGGCAGUGGUAAUAAAAUUGAGUGAAGAUGGAUAUGCGCCCGAUAUUUGGCGGAUAUCCUUUCCAGGGCCAAGGCAGGGUGAAUCAAUUAGGCGGCGUCUUCAUCAACGGUCGUCCGUUGCCGAAUCACAUUCGACGGCAAAUCAUCGAAAUGGCAAGCGCAGGGAUACGACCAUGUGUUAUCUCGCGUCAAUUGCGGGUAUCUCACGGGUGCGUGUCGAAGAUCCUCAACCGGUACCAGGAAACCGGCAGCAUUCGGCCGGGCGUAAUCGGUGGCAGCAAACCGCGCGUUGCCACCGCCGAGGUGGAGAAACGCAUCGAACAGCUGAAGGCCGAGAAUCCAAGCAUAUUUGGUUGGGAGAUCCGCGAGAAGCUGGUGAAGGAAGGAGUGCAGGACCCGCCGAGUGUUUCCUCCAUCAGCCGGCUGCUCCGCACGGGCACGCGGCGCGACGAUCCCGACGGCAAGAAGGACUACACCAUCGACGGCAUUCUCGGAGGGCGCGAGGACGAAAGCGACACUGAGUCGGAACCGGGCAUUCCUUUGAAGCGAAAGCAACGCCGCAGCCGCACCACCUUCACCGGCGAGCAGCUGGAAGCCCUCGAACGCGCUUUUGGGCGCACCCAGUACCCCGACGUGUACACCCGUGAAGAACUCGCCCAACAGACCGGCCUGCAGGAGGCACGGAUACAGGUCUGGUUUUCAAAUAGACGUGCACGACUGCGAAAGAAUAGCAACGGAAAUAGUGUCGCAUCCCUCGCCUUCGCCUCAUUGCCUAUCGGACAGAUGCCCUCACAGUACGACAACCAGCAGGACUGGCGUAAUGGACACCAGUUUGCCGCCAACUACAAUAUGUUCCAGCAAAUGCCUUACAACCAGUCGCACCACCAGGAUGUCAACUCGCGGGACUACUCGGCGAUCUUUGACGCCAACUACGCCAUUGCCCACGCGCAAAUGGCCCACGCCCAGAUGCAGCAGCAACAUGCCCAGCCCGCGUCACAAGGCGCCAUUCCCAAGGAGGAAAAGCCUGCCGAGAUGAGUGAUAACGUGUGGGACAAGGCGGCGUGGUCGGCCCAUCAGCAGCAGCAGCUUAGCAACGAGAGCUUUGAAAGCUUCGCGCAUCAGACCAGCGCCCAUCCCCAUCAGGGCCAGCAGCAGUACAGUAAGAACUAUUGGGCUUGAUCGCCGCACGCUCUGAAACGAGCACUACCCUGUUACAAUGGGGUGCUAAUAAAUGCACAAACAAUUUAGGCAAAUUAGUAUCUAAGUGAUAAAUAGUAAAUAGUAAACAAGUGAACAGUUUUUGUCGUGAUGAUUUAUUAUGAUUUAGGUGGGUAAAUGUGUAUUCAAGCUCUAACUAACGCUAACGAACGAACAUUGUACGGACUACAAAUCAA